AUGGGCAGGAACGGAAGCAUCAAGCGGGGCGCGGCCGCCGCGGCGCCUCCGUCGUUCACAGUGAACCCGGCCGACUACCGGCUCAUGGAGGAGGUGGGCUACGGCGCGCACGCCGUCGUGUACCGCGCGCUCUUCCUCCCCAGGAACCAGACCGUUGCCGUCAAGUGCCUGGAUCUCGACCAGCUCAACAACAACAUCGAUGAAGUACAAAGGGAGGCUCAAAUAAUGAGCUUGAUCGAUCACCCUAAUGUCAUUAGGGCUUACUGCUCAUUUGUUGUGGAGCACAGUCUUUGGGUCAUAAUGCCAUUCAUGACGGAGGGUUCAUGUUUACACUUGAUGAAGAUUGCGUAUCCUGAAGGUUUCGAGGAACCUGUUAUUGCAUCAAUUUUAAAAGAAACACUCAAGGCUCUGGAGUACCUUCAUAGGCAAGGACAGAUCCAUCGUGAUAUCAAGGCUGGUAACAUCCUUAUUGAUAGUGCUGGUGUAGUGAAGCUUGGGGACUUUGGCGUUUCUGCUUGUAUGUUUGAUAGAGGUGAUAGACAAAGAUCUAGGAACACAUUUGUUGGAACUCCAUGCUGGAUGGCUCCAGAAGUGCUCCAGCCUGGUACUGGAUAUAACUUCAAAGCCGAUAUAUGGUCGUUUGGAAUCACUGCACUUGAACUAGCGCAUGGACAUGCUCCAUUUUCGAAGUACCCCCCUAUGAAGGUUCUUCUCAUGACUCUCCAGAAUGCGCCACCUGGUCUUGACUAUGACCGAGACAGAAGAUUUUCGAAGGCAUUUAAAGAGAUGGUUGCGAUGUGCUUGGUGAAAGAUCAAACAAAGAGGCCGACGGCUGAGAAGUUGCUCAAACAUUCAUUUUUCAAAACUGCAAAACCUCCAGAAUCGACAAUGAAGGGUAUGUUAACUGAUCUACCUCCUCUAUGGGAGCGUGUAAAGGCACUCCAGCUUAAAGACGCAGCACAAUUGGCUUUGAAGAAAAUGCCUUCUUCUGAGCAGGAGGCACUUUCCCUGAGUGAAUACCAGCGAGGUGUUAGUGCGUGGCACUUUGAUAUUGAAGACCUCAAGGCUCAAGCAUCACUAAUUUAUGAGGAUGAAUCAUCUGAAACAAAAGAGGACGAUGUCGCUGCAAGAAUCAUUGAAUCUGAAAAGAGUUUAUAUUCGAGGACCCCUUCAGGACAGUCGUCAUCUGCAAAUGAAAAUACCUGCAGUGAAGAAACCUCUACGACGAAUCCUGAUUGUAGAAGGAUGCCAAAUGGACAUGAAAAUUCUAGAUCAGAGAAUGAUUCAUUGCCCUCUACAUCAAAGGAACCAGAGUCGAAAUAUUGGAGAACUAAUGUUGGACAGAAACAACAGACUUCUGGAGGUCCAGUUGAAGGUGGUGUUAAUAGCUCAACAGCUGAAAGGAGCCAUAAUUUUGAAAGGGAUGCAACUGCUGACAAACAUGGAAGUGAUACGAGAAGAGCCUCAAAUCUUAGUGGUCCAUUAUCAUUGCCAACUCGUGCCUCUGCAAACAGUUACUCAGCUCCUAUACGGUCUUCAGGAGGAUAUGUAGACUCAUUGGGAGAUAAAUCUAAACGUAGCGUGGUGCAUAUUAAAGGUCGCUUUUCUGUGACAUCUGAGAACGUUGAUCUUGCGAAGGUUCAGGAAAUUCCAUUGAGUAGCAUCUCACGCAAAUCACCACAGGGUAUACAGCUAAGAAAAUCCGCAAGUGUUGGUGAUUGGAUUGUCAAUGCCAAACCAAUGUCUAACAGUCAUCAUCUGAAGGAACUCUGCAAUAGCUCGGUAUCAUCGUCUGUUCUCAUUCCCCACCUUGAGAGCCUCGUGCAACAGACUACGCUUCAGCAAGUAUGGAGGAAGCUUGACAUGUUUAAGAAUGAUCUGAUCGUGAACCUACUAAGUAGCAUGCAACAGAAUGAGAAAGCUGACGGUGCACAGUCUGGAACGGCGUCGCAAGUCCGAAAUAUGCAAAGUGAGACAGUGGUUGAAACAUCUAAUACUGAGAAAGAACGGUCAUUACUUGUUAAAAUUUCAGAGCUGCAGUCUAGAAUGAUUACUUUGACUGACGAACUGAUUUCAGCCAAGCAAAAACAUGUUCAGUUGCAGCAAGAGCUUAAUGCGUUAUACUGUCGAGAAGAAAUAGAAGACAUUAGGGACGAGGACAAUGAAGAAACAUAG